CAUUAAUUUCGCCUAUCUAAUUUUUUAUUUUAUCUCUUGAGGAAUUCCUAAAUAAUCCCAUUAUUCAAUAUUACUGCAUACAUACAUAAUAAUCAGCAAAUUAGCGUCCGACGCCCGCCCCUCGUGCGCGAUCUUAUUUCGCUCAAGCAUUAUGACGAACAGACCAGACGAGGCAAGAUGUCAUCUUCACCGCUCCCCGAGACCACGACGGCUUCGACGCUGUUGGAGGUCUUGAAAGGCAAGUUUGGUUGGCCAGAGUAUGCCGUUUUUGGCGUUGUGCUCAUCAUCUCAGCCGGAAUUGGGGUGUUUUUCGGAUUCUUUUCGAAAAGGGAGCAAAAUAAUGAGGAGUUUCUUAUGGGAGGGAGACGCAUGUCGGCGUGGCCGGUGGCGCUGUCACUGGUUUGCAGUUUCGUGUCGGCAAUCACGAUGCUUGGUAACCCUGUCGAGACUUAUCUUUACGGGACGCAAUAUCUCAUCAUCAUCAUCGCCUUUAUUCCGAUGAGUUUCGCUUUGUACUAUAUCUACGUUCCUGUAUAUUUCAGACUGAAUCUCACUUCUGCGUAUGAGCUCCUCGAGAUUCGAUUCAACUUUCCAGUCCGAUUGGUCGUCUCAAUUAUUAAUUGUCUUUAUCUGAUUUUCUACAUGUCCCUCGUCGUGUACGGACCAAGCUUGGCCCUAAACCAGGUCACCGGUUUCGAUACAAUCCUCUCGGUGGGGAUCAUUUUCGUGAUUUGCAUCUUCUACUCGUCCAUUGGCGGGUUUCGCGCCGUUCUUUGGACCGACGCCCUCCAAGCCAUCAUUAUGAUCGUGUCCAUCGCCAUCGUGGACAUUAAAGGGAUUGCGGACCUUGGUUUUUCCAACAUCUGGUCGAAAUUGGAGGAUUCUGGUCGCGUAGAAUUUUUCCGAUUUGAUCCAGACCAUAGGACGAGACAUUCCGUGUGGUCGGUCCUCUUUGGUGGCUACUUCCUUUAUUUGACCCUUUUCGGCGGUACGCAAGCCAACAUUCAGAGAUAUGCGAGUAUGCCGGAUAUGAAAACGGUGAAAAAAGCACUCAUUAUCAACUAUGUCGCACUCACCAUUACCAUUUUCCUCUGCACUGUCUCUGGGCUCAUCAUCUACGCCAAGUAUGUAGACUGCGACCCCAUCAGGGCGAAUUUGGUGGAAGCCUCCGAUCAAAUUCUGCCCCUGUUCGUGAUGGACAUUCUCGGCGAUUAUCCCGGCCUUCCAGGAAUUUUCGUGGCAGGCAUAACGUGUGCUAGUCUUUCUUCCGUGUCGAGCGGGUUAAACGCCUUGGCCGCCAUCAUUACGGAAGACUACAUCAAACGAAUCAAACCCGACUGCUCGACAAAAACCUUGUUCAACAUGUCGCGAGCCAUCUGCGUCAUCUCGGGCGUCCUCUCAUUCGGAUUCGUCUUCAUCGCGAGAGGAAUGGGUGACAUUUUUCCGGCCGCUAUCUCAUUAAUUGGUAUGCUUCUCGGUCCAACCCUGGGCAUUUUCACGUUGGCGAUGGUGUUUCCGUGGGCGAAUUCAUGGGGCGCCUUAGCUGGCGUGCUGGCGUCGUACAUUUUCGCCACGGUUAUCGGUCUCGGUUCAGCGGUGGAACAAGCCGCAGGAAAUCUUCCCGAUCAAGCAAUGUCACUUUCAACUGCAAAUUGUGUGGGGUUACCGAACGUGAAAAAUUCUACCAAUCCGGCCCGUUGGGACAGUUGGAAGGAUGGCUUUGAAGAUUCGUCAGGAUAUAUCCAAUUUGUAUCCACUUCGUACCUCUUCUUCCCACUGAUCGGAGCUUUAGGGACGCUUAUCUUUGGUCUCUUCUUCUCCGCCGUGGCGCAACUUAUCGGGAUAAAUAGUGAUCCCCCGGUACGACGAGAUUGCAUCAGUGACUGCUUCAUUUGGUUUUGGACAAAACUCUUUCCCAAUGAAAUGGCAAGGUUGAUGCAGCCGGAAGAUUACAAAGAGCCGGUGAAGACGUCAAGGCCGACCACUAAUGGAUCUCUUUCCGAGAAAAAGUUAAGCACAAUAUCGGCAACCUCACCCCCACCACCGUACAAUCCCAACUUGGAGGAUCGCGACGAACUCAGCGCAGUCGAAAAGUUGUGAACAACUAAAUAAACAAAAAUCCCAUCAAAUAUUAUUGUAACACAUUUUUAUAAAAUUAAAUUAAAAGUAGUUUUUAUAUCAAUUUAUGAAAUCAAUCUCUGAGUUAAAAGUUAUGUAAUAAAUGGGUAAUAAAUAUAAUCUACAUAAGUCA